CUACCCGAAGUCUUUCUGCUGUUUUUGCCAUUAGCCUGGUUGGACCUGACGGCUAACUUGUCACCUAAUACGACUUGGUGUGACCUCCACCUGCGUACGAACAUUAUCUAAGCAAAAAGGCUUGCAUAUGUUACGCAUGUGUAAUACCAGCGGGUGGACAUUUCCACUAACAACGCUGCUGCUUAGACACUACUUGCACUGCAGCCACUGCCUGGUACGUUACUUGGUUACGUGCGAUUUGAUUAGGCCUUCUCAAACGAAUGCCUAUUACUGUUGGUACAAUGUCGUAGAUAAUGAUUUGUGGUGUUGGCAUUUGGCGGUGUACUGAUAUGCGCACGCUCUAAAUAGAGCGGAAUUAUCUUGUGCCGAACAAUAUUUAGUGACAGCCAUUGUCAAAGCUCACUUAAGCAGGGUGUGUCGCCGCUGGUGAUUGACGCACAUUGCUUGAUCCCCCCCCCCCACUCGCUUUGCUGGUCUGAAUAGAUAACCACUGGCUACGAGAGGCAACUCUUCUCCGGUACGGCGGCCACUCAACGACUUGCAGACGACGAACACGAUAAAAGACCGUUCAAGCAAGCUAAGCAACGGCGGCAGCACCAAGUGCUCUUCAAUCCGUGGCAGCAUUCGGCUAAAAAGUGCUUUCAGGACAUCGAUUACAAAACUCAGUCGUCAUAUAGAGACAAGUGGUGAACAGAGAGCGAAUUCUGUUUCCUAAAAAGAUCUAUAAAAGUGUAAGAUACCACAAUGCGUGUCGGUACGAUCGUGCUUUUGGUGUCGGUGAUUGCCCUUGUCUGCCUGGCCAAUUCGGCCGACGCCGCUAAGAAAAGCGAGUCAGGAAAAUCCGGUAAAGGCUUCGAAAACGGUCAACAAGGCGCCGUCUCAAAAGAUAGGAGCAUGAAAAGGGGUGUUAAGGCUUCGAAGUAUAGUAAAGAGGCCAACGUCAAAGAGAAUAUCGACAAAUCUGGAAGGAAUGAGAAGGCCGCGUACUACUCAAAAAAUCAGAAAGUUAAAGGACAAAAGCAGACCAAGGUGAAGAAAUCAAAACGCGUCGCUGAGCAGUCUGUUUCUGAAGAGGCCAUUGCUGUGCCAGAGAAAUGUCCUGAAUGUGAGCCGGCACCUGAGUGCCCACAAUGCCCCGUGUGCCAGGCAGCUGCUGAAGCCGUUACCGCUACUGCUGCCGAGAUUGCCGAAGAUGGAGUCGUCGUGGAGGAGGCUUGCGAAGCCACGAUCGAAGCUGGCCUAUUCUGUGACCGAUCCUGUUCGUGCGUCCAGGGGACCGUGUGCUUCGCCGCUGCGGCCGACGCUUCACACGGUAUCUGUAAAGUCCCCGAAUCCGAGGAUCUGAACAUGGGUGUCUACCUUUCGUAAGCUGCAAACCGCACCAGAUCAACAUACUUCCGUAAACCGCGCCGGAACAUCAUUCGUAAUAUCGUAGCUCGGUCAGGGACGUACUGGAGUCUCGUUCCAGAAGUGAAUCCACGUUGUCGGUCCAUUAUGGCGAGAGACUGAUGACUUCUGCACGAAAAACAUGAAGAAUGAAGUCGAUCUCGCUGGACAAAUCACUUUUGAGAAAGAGGGUACUACUGCAUAAUCUUAACAAUAACUGUGUAGCAGUAUUCUAAGUGAUUGUU